GUAUCUGUAUCAGAAGAGUAGAGGGCUUCAUGGAUUUCUAUUAACCUCAUCAAAAGAUGGAUGGAUACAUUCACCAAAAUAGGAGACACAGGCUGUCCAUGGAAACAAAAAGCCAAAAAAAUGAAACAGCAGUCUCGGAGUUCUUUCUUCUGGGACUCUCAGAAAGGCCAGAGCAUCAGACGCUCCUCUUUGGGCUAUUCCUCUCCAUGUACCUGGUCACCAUCUUUGGGAACCUGCUCAUCAUCUCGGCCAUCAUCACAGACUCCCACCUCCACAUGCCCAUGUAUUUCUUCCUCUCCAACCUGUCCCUUGUCGAUGUCUUCUUCUCUUCCACCACUGUCCCCAAGAUGCUGGUGAACCUUCACACCCAGAGCCAGACCAUCCCCUUUGUGGGCUGCCUUGCUCAGAUGUAUGCUUUCCACCUCUUCGGGACCAUGGACAGCUUCCUUCUGGCCAUGAUGGCCAUUGACCGGUUUGUAGCCAUUGUCCACCCUCUACGCUACUCAGUCAUCAUGAGCUCUCGUGUCUGUGGGUUGCUGGUCGGGGGGCCAUGGCUGAUCACCAAUCUCCAGUCACUCGUGCACACCUGCCUCAUGGCUCAACUGACUUUCUGUGCUGGCUCCGAAAUCCCUCACUUCUUCUGCGAUCUCAUGCCCCUGCUAAAGCUCUCCUGCUCUGACACACACACCAAUGAGCUGGUGAUUUUUGCUUUUGGCAUCGUCAUGGGCAUCAGCCCCCUCUCGUGCAUCCUCCUCUCUUAUACCUGCAUUUUCUGGGCGGUCAUCAAGAUCCCUUCUGCUCAAGGCAAGUGGAAAGCCGUCUCCACUUGCGGCUCGCACCUGACCGCGGUGUCACUCUUCUACGGCACCAUCUUUGCUGUGUACUUGCAGCCCACAUCUCCCACUUCCUCCCAGAAGGACAAGACAGCUGCCUUGAUGUGUGGGGUGGUCAUCCCCAUGCUGAACCCCUUUAUUUACAGCCUAAGGAACAAGGACAUGAAGGCAGCCCUGAGGAAGCUCAUCAGCAAAGCAGUCUCCUGUCGGUGCUAGGUCAGAACAGUGGUUAGCAUUUACCGUGUUCCAGAACCACUGUUGGGUGGCAAGAACACGGAGAUACAUCCCAUCCCCGCCCUCAAGGCAUUCAGAGUUGAGCAGGGGAUAGAGAUAUGUAAAUAAAUCAUUAUGGUGCAACAUGGUAAACAUGUCACAAAAGAUGAAUGAAAAGCUAUGGGGACCCAAAGAGAGAGAUGUGUGCUUUGCUCAUAGUUUGUCUUCCCCGUGAAGAUCAGAAGACUUCAAAGUAGUCUUAAAUUGACCCUCUCUGGGCUACUGGGCUUAUGGGAGUGGCCCAUGGGUAACACUAGUUGAACAAAAGAUUGGCCACAACAUUUUAAUAUUGACAAAGACAACACAUAUUACCCAGUUACAUCACCAUGCUUCCUAAGUGACUCGGAGAAGGACAUUAAAAGCAUCUGUUGAGAUUAGCUCACUUAUCAUUUGUUUCAGCAGCCACCAGACUCGGUCUCAUAGGGGCCUUGUGAUCACAUCUUGGGGCCAUGAGUUUGGAGAUCAUUGUCAUCAAAAGGCCCCCAUGUGCCCCUUUUCUCCAUGUCCAUCCAUCUGAUGAAGUUCUUUCUCUUAAGUUUAUUUACUUAUUUCUGACAGAGAGAGGGAAA